AUGAACUCUGGUGACAGAAAUAAUGAGCAGUUACCUCCUAGUAAUAGAUUUAAUUCACGAACAAGUGGAACCUUUCGUCGCGGAUCUCGUUAUUCAGUGGGUUUGUCGGCGAGUCGUUCGAAUUCUUAUAAUAGAUAUAGAACAAAUGCCCGUCGAGGCCGCCCAUUUAGGACGAAUAGUCGGUGGAUAAGUAAUCGUGGCUCUGCUACCUCCAUUGUAGGGGAUUCUAAUAGCAGAAGUCGUCAAGUUGCUGAGUCGGUUCCACAAUCCACAAGUAGCUUAGAUCACUUCGAAGGAUCUGUAUUCCCAGCUCAUGACGGCUCUUCGGACAGUGAUAACUCAAGUUCUGUCACCAAAGUGUCAAUCAGUGCUACGAUGUUGCCCACCGGAACCAAAUUUCAGGAUAAUCUACGGAAUAACCUUAUUGAUGGAUUGCGCAACAGCACGUAUGAAUGUAUGAUAUGCAUUUCAAAGAUUCGUAUAACAGAUUCUGUAUGGUCAUGCGCUACGUGUUAUCAUAUUUAUCACCUGUCCUGUAUUAAGUCAUGGGCGAAAUCUCAAGUGAAUGGUGCCGUAUCAACUUCAACUCCUUGUUGGCGCUGUCCAUCGUGUCAAGCAGAUUAUAAAACACCAUUUUACUCACUUUUCUACCAGUGCUUUUGUGGACGCACCCAAAAUCCUGAGUUUCAUCCCGCCCGUAAUACAGUACCACAUGGUUGUGACCAACUUUGCAAUAAGGUGAAACGUUUACUUUCUGCACAUAAUUUACCUAGCAAUUCAGUGGCUGAUUAUCAGUGUCCCCAUCGCUGUACAGAAUUAUGUCAUCCAGGUCCGUGUCCUCCAUGUCUGGGUUCUGUCACUUUAAGUUGUCCUUGUGGAAAGUUUCAACGUUCUGGUAUUUGUGGUGAUCCUAGUCUCCCACCUUGUGGACAGAUAUGUGGGCGUCAACUUCCUUCAUCUCUCUGUGCAGCGGGUGUCCAUGUGUGCCUGGAACGUUGUCAUUAUGGACCUUGUCUACCUUGUCGUUGGAAAAUACAAACAAGUAAAUCGAUUUGUUUUACCGUUGUUGUUGUUUUUUUUUCAUUUGAUAAUAACAGUUAUUCUGCUUAA